CUCGUUACUUCCUUUCGCUCCUAGAAUUCGUACCAGAAGCGUUGCGCGUCCCACCGAGCCUGUCGAUAGUGCUCCGACUCACGACGGCGCUUCGUCGACCGCUACCAACACGCCAGAAUGCCAACAUGAAGUAAAUUGGCGAAAACCGUGCCUCACGGUCCGCCCAUGCAGGACUUCCUGGGCUUGCGGAGACCGACGCAUGCGAGCUGAGAUAUGAUGACUAGCAUGACUACGCAAGACACGUGCCGCCAAGAUCUUGCUUCUACGCAAUGCCUCGCAUCACUCCAACAGGUGCGAGUGGAGGGCUCAAUUGCUGUAGAUGACAGCUCCACGUUAAAGCUGUGAACACACGUCAUGCAAGGCGUCCAAGGUUGAGCACCGUCGUCCACACUUGCAAACCGCCAUACAUCAGGCAGUGUGAGUUGUGAGUGUGACACGGGACGCAUCAGUCAGCUUUUGUCUUCUGCUUGCGCCUUACCAAUGCACACUCAAGUUCCGUGGCGCUCUGGUGAAAGCUUGAAUCAAAAUUCGCCAUUCAGCUGAACAACCCUACUCGACCUAAAGCUCGGCACGGGAGCUUCAAGUUUAUACUUGACAUCCGGCGCUCUCCACUGAAGGAAGGAUUGUGCGUCCAAGGUCAGAUCGAGCUGAACCACCUGGCUUUAAGUUGGUCUCACCUUUUCAAUCCGUCUGCGCGCUCGAUAUUGUCUUCUCAAGCCAUUCGCCAGGUCGACGCAUUUCAAAGUUGUUCACUCUGCUCUCUGAUAAUAUUUCUGAACUUUGAACUUUCUCCCCAAGAGCUGGAAAGCAUAUUCAUCAAGUUGUCCAGCAUGAAUAGAUCAAUCUUCAUCACUGGACCCGACCCAAAACUAGAAUUGGUCUACAGCGAUGUCUGGCUUCCAGGACUCUACUCUCGACGGGUCAUGGUCUUCGAACUACCCUCCACCUCAAGUCACGAGAAGGUCAUCGAUGUAGUAACAAGGGCGUUGAAAGCCCUUGUACAGGGCACACCUGAACUUGGCGCCGAUUCGGUAGUGGUCCCAAAUGCGUCACCAUACGAUCCGAAGCUGCCCUGGAGAGCACUUGCUCAGGGAAAGGGCAUAGAGCUUGUAAUCAAAGAUCUGUCAAAGGAAAUCCCAAGCUACAAGGAUUUGGAGGCCGCAAAGUUUCCACUGUCAGCGUUCAGAGAUGAUCUUCUCAUGCCCAUUCCGGGAUCGAUCAUGCCAGAACCUCAACCAGUAGCGAAGUUCCAGCUCAGCUUCAUCGAAGGUGGUGUGCUCCUCAGUGUUUGCAUAUACCACCACCUGACCGAUGGGAACGGUAUGAACACGAUCACGAAAGCGCUCGGCGAGCUGUGCAAGCAAGCAAGCGAGCAAUCUGGAGAUCUCCCACCUCGCGCAAUGGAUACCGAUCGAACCAUCUUCAAGAAUCUGAACGGAGGACUUACAGAUAUCAAACAUCACCCAGCAUACAACAUCGACAAUACCGGUGCCUUCAUCCCAGGCGCCCACCACGACGAAUCACCUCCUGAAACAAACACCAAAGAAUCCCCAGCGUUCACACCACACUACUACCACCUCACCCCCUCCAAAGCCCUCGCCCUAAAAUCCCACGCAAGCAGACACACCCCCGUCUCAACCCACGACGCAAUCUCCGCAUCUAUCUGGCGCAACCUCAUCCAAACCCGUGUCCAAACCGGCGAACUCACCGACCUCAACCAACUCUCAACCUACACAAUCCCCCACAACGCCCGAAAACACCUCAACCUCCCCUCCACCUUUGUCGGAAACUGCACCUACUUCAUAAUCGCGCAAGCCAAAAUCUCAGAAAUAUUGGAAAAUGAAGAAGAUAGCAUCCCAUUUCUUGCCAGGAAGAUCCGCGAAGCUCUCCACAAAGUUGAUCGGGAGGUUGUGGAGGGGAUGUUCACACUCCGCCAACAACAUACUUACGAUCUAAGCUGGUGGCCCAUCCUGCAAGCCCACAACCCCGAAAUCGUAGGAUUCACAUCUUUCUACCAUUCCGAAUUACUCGGUGAUCACUGGGGCAGUGUAAUGGGAGGAGAAGUGAAACAUUUCUCUUCGACUGAUUCGGGAGCUUUUGGAAGGAUGUUUCCACGGGCGCAUUUUGUAGGGCCGAAGAUUUUUGGGGAAGGAGGAGGAGGAGGAGGAGGGGGAGGGUGUGAUGUGUAUAUUGGGAUUGCGAGGGAGGAAGGGGAGUUUUUCAGAAAUAACAAGGGAUGGGGGAGGUUUUUUAAGUUAAGAGGGGAGUAAUAGCCUAAUAGGAAGGGGAGGAGUAAGAGUACGUUUACCUCGCUACUAAUAAAUCGGUAGAAUAGCGAUACCUUAGGGCAUACUACUAGUAUUUAUUAUUCUUUUU